AUGCGAUCCACGCCAGAAACCCCCGAGUCAUCUCGACCGCUUGCGGAUUACUUCUGGAUUGCCGGGCUCGACGGCCAACAACUGGCAGACGCCAUCUCUCAACCCCGAUGGUCUUAUGAUCAGAUCGACACCAAUGGUGUCGACUUUUCCAUCAAAGAAGAGGCAUCUGUGGAUGAUGAGCAAUCGUCCAUCCUUCAGUCUCCUCGAGCCUCGGUUGGCCAUUCCAGACAUGACUCCUACCAGAGAUUGUCGCAGCUCUCCGACGAGGCCAAGGAGACCAUUCAGAGUCUUGAAGACGCAACGAAGCCACGCAGUAACCGGAGUAGUCUCACCAUUCGGGCGGCUGCUCCGACUGCCUCGGAUCCUCGAAUGUCCUCGUUGAUAACAGAAGCCGACUUCGACAAGGCCAUGACCAAGUUCGCCACUGACCGAGAUGCUUUCUAUUUGGACUUGACGUUUCAGCCCAAUGAAUCGUCCAAGCCAGCUCGAUCCAAGUCACGACCGAAGACGCAGAAAAUCAUUGCUGAGGAUGAGCCUACCCCGGUUCCCAAUCGCAAUUUUGGAAGUAUCCGCAGACACCUUUCUUUCAAAGACAUGUCCAGCACAAAACGUCAACCGUCUAUGGCCCGACGGACAUCGACGCGCACCUCUCGAAGGAUGAGCAGUUACAACUCAGUCAUCCCCAGCCCAGAGACAUUCCACAGCUCUCCUGACCAGUAUCCCCUGAUGCGAAAAUUCGAACCCGUAUUGCUGGAAAGAUAUCCUCGACCAAGCGCUUUCGAAAAGUCCCAGAGCAGAGCACCGUUUCCAGAUUAUGUGCCCAUGUUUGCUUUCCCUGGUGACAUCAAGAUUGUGGCCGCUGAGACCAGACCGAGGUCAACUUGGCACGAAUUCUCCAUGACAGCAGCAGAUAACUCGAGACUUACGGCGGUCACAGUCAUAAUAUGGAUCCCCGUGAAUCGCGAUGUUGCCGUAGAUCUGGAAAAGAAGUGUGAGCAAUGGCGAAAAGCUCACAUGUCGGAGGCGGAGAGAGAAUUGGCCACUUCACUUGCAGAGAGGUUGACGGCAGAAAGUGCAAAAUUGUCUAGGUUACUAACACAAUUGCCCCAUCUCUCACCAGAUUCAGCAGAAAGAGAGGCUCUGGAGGAUGAAAUCAGCGCGGUGGAAGAGAAGAUUGCUGUUAUGUCUGACAUGCUCAGGCCCCUGCGACACAGUUCAGAAUCGGAUAUUCAAGGGCUUGCGGGUGGCGAGACUCGCUUCUGGAUUCCAAGAGCUUAUGGUAUCUUGGGUAGGGACAAGUCCAUGGCAAACUUCUGGCGGCAAUGGCUUCGAGCGGUCGUCGUUCCUAUGACUGAUGGAGGGGUCUUGCGAGUGCCGGCUAGCUCGCCGAAAGUCGGCAUGUGGCAACCAUUGGAAAGAUACGUUGCUGCUCUGUGCAUCGAAGCACCCUCCCCGGUAUCGUCCAAAACUCAAGUCCAAAUUUCGAUACGAGAGCUCCAACUGUAUGCAAAAAAGGAGGCGGCAAAUGAGCUCCCCGGGAGUAGGACGACCGAUCUGUAUCCGCUAUUCCGAGCUCUUACCAUUCCGAACAUUAUCCUUCUUCUGGAGUACGUCUUAUCCGAGUCCAGGGUCAUUCUCCUUUCAACCCACGUCUCCAUGCUACAAUUAGUCAGCAAAGCCAUCCUAGAACUCAUCUGGCCCUUCGAAUGGACAGGAAUCUACAUACCGGUGUUGCCAUCGCGUUUGGUUCAAGCAUUGGAUGCGCCUUGUCCAUACAUCUGCGGCAUCGAUCGCAAAUAUGAAAAGUACGACCUACCUGACGACGAUUAUGUUUUGGUCGAUUUGGAUAAGAACGAAUUGCAUAGUACGGCACCGCCGCCUUUCCUACCGAAACAACAGCGGAGAAAGUUGAUGUCUCUGCUUUACCAAGCUGCGCCGCUCCACCAAAGCUUCGGAGUGACUCCGGGACCUCCUGCGUAUGCGGUGGACACAUAUCCGUAUGAUGGCUUUUCUGCAGAGCUCGAGUCUACCUUUACCGCAGUCGCCAAAUCCACAAAUCUAGAUAAACUCGCGAGCCUCAGCUCUACGACAUUCGGCCCGCAAGCCGCAACUGACACCAUUCGACGGUCUCCACUGCUGAACGUUUUCCUCGCUGCUACACCAACCAGAGGAAAGAGCUCUGAUCGUCCCAGAACAUCGUCGACCGCCAGACACUCCACUUUCACUGAUUCCGACAGUCAAUCUCCCGUUAACCCCAACUUCCCUGUGACGCCUGGUUCUGGACCGUCACGAACCGAUUCGGGGUAUGCUCUUCAGACUUCUCUUAAGGAAAAGAGAUCCGGUCACUUCGAUUCAGUGUCGAAAAGAAGUUUCUCUGGGUCUAGUCAUAUGAUUCGAAAAGCAAGCCUUCCGUUCGUGAAACACAGUGCGAGCCCUUCUUCGAGCACUACACUAUCGGACAAUCGAAAUGGGUCUAUGUAUGCACCCUCCACUUACGCGCAGUCGACCCUGGCAGCCUCUACAAUUAUGCCUGGAGUGAAUACACUGCAUAUGCGGACUGGUGAAGGUACGCGUUGGUUUGAGGGUCACUGUCUGCUAUGGAGAGCGGCGGACGGUCCGUCUACAUGUCUUCUCUGCGACGAAAAGGCUCCAGAUGGAUACUAUAGAUGUUCGGGGUGUGGUUUCGUCGUCCACGAUCGAUGCGCCCAUAACAUAUCGGUGGUCUGCUCUGCAGCUUUCUACCCAGAUCAGAUUCGUGCCGCCUUUGCGAGAUGCAUGGCCAGCUUGUUAUACACCUACCGGAAAGUUUUGCAACCUGCACCUCCACAGAAAAAGAAGCUUGGGGCUAUCUACUCCUUUGACAGUGACGCUUUCAUGAGAAGUUUGACCCCUGACCAUGCCGCCUACAUGGGCAUGCUGCAACAGACUCAAGCUUGGAAUGAGUUCAUCAUGGACCGCGAAGAGAAACCAUCAACUCCUUCGAUAGCCCUGUUCGACGCCAUCAUCAUGGCAAAACGUCGGCGCGCCGGCUUGCGGUCGAGCAUUCCCAGUCUCAGUCUCAACAGAAAAAGCUUUAUGGCAUGGUCACCUCAUGUGGGCAUGAACACCGACUUACUUUCAGAUGCAUCUCAGCAUCAAUGGAGGAUAGUGGCAGUACCGGCAAGCGUUGAUCGGCCAGAGCUAGGCGCUGCAUCAAAGGGACGUGAUUAUCAUACCAUUGUCACUCGAACCCCUGCGAAGCUGGAAGAAGGUUUAUUCAAGCAAGAUGAGAAGGUUCCGAGCUUGCCUACGAUCCCCAAGAGAUCGAGAAUCAGCAUAUUGACCAGUAAAAUGAACGGUCUUGGCAUGCACGCCCCAUGA